UCCGGCAUUGAUGAUUGAUGUCUCUCAAUCUUCCAGUCUCCUCCACAAUCUCUCUCUCUCUCUCUCUCUCUAGAGCUCUGGCAGCCAUCAGCCUUGUCACCUUCCCCUCUCCUCUCUCUCCUCCAUGUCGGGAUAUGCAGGAAUAUUAGGGGAGCGGCGCUGAUUCGAUCCCCUCGGGUAGGGAAAAAAGCCUUGUUGUGUUUGACCGGGUGAUGGGCCUUCGCUCUACCCUCCUCCUGCUCCUCCUCCUCCUCCUCCUCCAAUGGCGAAAUCGUCUCUCCUGCUGAUCGAUCCGAUUCUGCCCAUCACCGGCAUCAACCUCCUCCUCAUCCUCCUCCACUCCCUCUUAUAACUCGUGCUCUCCCGCCGGUUCUUCCGGCACGCGCCCCCGACUUCCCCUUCCCCUACGAGGUUCUUGGGUCGAUCCCGUUUCUCCGGGAGGGUCCCCUUUGCAGAAAAAGCCGCUCGUUUCCCCCGCCACCGCGAUUUUCUUGGCGACCCAGAAAACGCGGGAAGGUUUGAUCCGAUAAAGUUCGAAUCUUUCGCCCCCGUGGUCCGUACAUCUCGCCGAUCCGUUAUUUCCUUUGGCUUCGAUUCCGCUCAGAUUGAUUGGUUGCGAUGGCCUCGGUGUUUAUAUACCAUGUGGUUGGCGAUUUAACUGUGGGGAAGCCUGAGCUGGUGGAGUUCGUCGAGACGGACACAAUCGAGUUGGCGAUAGCGGCGAUUGGUGAGUCGACGGAAGGAGGGAUACCCGUGUGGAAGAGGAGAUUGUUGCCUGGAAGUGUGGUCGAGAGCGGUGAGAUGAGGCAGCAGAGGUUUGUGGGUAUCUUGGAUUCUCUUGACAUUGUCACUUUUUUGGCGAGGAGUGAGUGUUUGCAAGAUCAGGAGAGAGCCAUGAAGACCCCUGUGUCUGAGGUUGUUGUCCCCAGUAGUUCUUUGCUGAGAUUGGUUGAUCCUGGAACAAGACUGAUUGAUGCACUGGAGAUGACAAAGCAGGGAGUGAAGCGUCUUCUUGUCCCGAAGAGCACUGUGUGGAGAGGCAUGAGCAAAAGAUUCUCAAUUUUGUACAAUGGCAAGUGGCUUAAGAACAACAGCAGCAGCAAUCUUGCUGUCAAUACCAACCGGCCUUCCUCAUCUUCCACAACCUUUAUCCGUGACAAGUUUUGUUGCCUUUCCAGAGAAGACAUCCUUAGAUUCCUCAUCGGUUGCCUAGGUGCACUCGCGCCAUUGCCCCUUUCUUCCAUCUCAUCCCUUGGAGCUGUCAAUCCUAACUACAGUUCUGUGGAUGCCUCUUCACUGGCCAUCGAAGUGACUGGGAAGCGACCUCAAGACCCCAGAGCGCUUGCUGUCGUGGAGAAUUCACCAGACGGCGAACACAAGAUAAUUGGUGAGAUUUCAGCCUCGAGACUGUGGAAAUGUGACUAUGUUGCCGCAGCAUGGGCUUUAGCCAAUCUCUCUGCUGGUCAGUUUGUGAUGGGGGUUGAAGAUAAUGUGACUCCAAGGUCACUGCCUGAAAUUCAAGUCAACAACUCAAAAGUUGGACCCAGUAAUGGUAUGGCCAAUGGAGUUGGGUCAAACCGACUGAGGAAGUUCAGCAGUAGGAGCAUUGGGUUCUUCAGCAACCCAACAAGCACGAGUUUUGGCGCUAGUAGGAGCAUGUAUAGGGGAAGAAGUGCACCCUUGACAUGUAAGGUCACGAGUUCAUUAGCUGCAGUAAUGGCUCAAAUGUUGUCUCAUAGGGCCACUCACGUGUGGGUGACCGAGUCUGAGAGUGAAGACAUACUAGUCGGGGUGGUGGGUUAUGCGGACAUUCUGGUUGCUGUGACGAAGCAACAACCACCUAGUAUUCCAUCAAAUCGAUCUGUCGAAGGACUUGCAACAGGAUCAGAGAUUCAGAGCUGAUUACAGCUUUAUGCCGUACCUUUUUUCGUGGGUAUAGACUGUAUGUACCGGUAUAUUGUUAAUGUGAUUCUUCUUUAUGAACUUAAUUUCAGUGUCGUUUAUGGAGGGGGGACAAAAGGACCUCCAGGGUUUUGGGGGCCUAAAAGUUUGCUUGAAAUAGAAGCUUUUGAGAACUUAAGAUUGGUUGGUUUGUCACCUAAGUGAUUGAGAAUGUCAUAGCAAAAGAAAUUGGUGUUUACUUGAAGACUGUUUUUAUCUGAUUGAGAAAUUUGUUUCCUUA